UUCUCACUUUUCCUCACACCUGGAGGAUCACCCUGACUGAAGAGAGUAUCUUGGGUCAGAUACCUUCACUGCACAAUGGAGUCUGCAGCCUCCCUGGCCGAGCUCCAGGCAGAGGCCAGCUGCCCCAUCUGCCUGGAUUACCUGAGAGACCCAGUGACCAUUGAAUGUGGGCACACCUUCUGUCACUCCUGCAUCCACCAGCGCUGGGAAGAUCUACCGGGCACCUUUCCAUGUCCUGUCUGCCUCUAUCACUGCCCUGACAAGAACUUAAAGAGGAACACCCAAUUAUGUCACAUUAUUGAAGUUGUUAAGCAGAUUCCCACCACAGGGAACGAGAGGAAAUUGCAGGAAGAAAAACCCCUGUGUGGGAAGCACAAUGAAGUUUUAACACUUUUUUGUGACAGCGCCGAGGAGAUGUUAUGUCCUCGUUGCAAGGUCCCCUUAGACCACCAGGAUCAGUCCCUGAUACCCAUUGAGGAAGCUGCUUCGAGUUGCAGGAAGAAGCUCAAAAGAUACAUUGGGGCACUGUUGGUGGAGGUUGAAGAUGCUGAAACGGAAUAUGAAAACCAAGUUGCAAAAGAAUUUGAAGUGCAGAAAAAGGUGGAAAAAUGGAGGAAAGAAUUGCAGUAUGAAUGUAAAGAACUGAAGUGUUCCUUACAAAUAGAGCAUGAUGUAUUUAAUGCUGGUCUACUUAUAGAAGAGAAGGAUGUUGAAGAAAAACUAACUGAAAAUGGAAGGCAAAUUUCAAACCAUAUGUUCAUGCUAAAUAAUCUUUUAAGUGAAAUAGCAGAGAAAUAUUUACAGGCAGAUGUGGAUUUACUCACAGGUAUUGAAGAUAUCCACAAUAGGUAUGAAAAGCUAGAGACCCCAGCAGUCUUUUCAUAUAAAUUAAAGAAGGAGAGUUGCAAUCUCCCCCCACAUUAUUUGGGCCUGUAUAAAAUGAUCAGCACAUUUCAGGUAGAUUUGACACUGGAUCCUGAAACUGCCCAUCCAAGUCUCAUUAUCUCAAGAGAUAGAAAAAGUGUGACAUAUAGGACACCAGAUGGUCUUCCUAAUCCCCAGGCACUUACUUCUUACCCAGCUGUCCUGAGUUCUGAGGGAUUUGAUGCUGGCAGGCACUUUUGGCAGGUAGAAGUAAGAGGCACAGGUGAAUGGUCCUUAGGUGUGUGUAAAGAAUCUUGCCUCAUAAAUAGUCUGAUAUCACCAUCCCCAAGCAAUAGCUGCAGGCACAUUGAUCUUUGCGCUAGUAUAUGUGGAACAUGCCCUAGAGGACAUAUCAUGCGGGUUGGUAUUUUUCUGGACUAUGAGUUGGGAGAUGUUUCAUUUUAUAAUUUGAAUAACGGUUCAUACUUGUAUGGAUUCAGUGGCAAGUUUAAAGAAAAACUUAUGCCUUAUUUCUCUAGUGCACCUUCGUCAAAAUCUCUUACAUUCAUUAUCAGAGAUGAAUGA